CUUUGACUUCACUUCCCUAGUUUGAGGAAAAAAAGACAUUUCAACGAGCUUAAUUUAAAACUUUUCAAGACACCCUUGGGGAUGAGACAGGUUUUCAUUGUAUAGAAUAAGAACACGUGUAAUGCAAGCGACAGCAUUAUCAUUCAUACACGUGUGUUCACUUAGCCUAAAUAUUUAAUCGACGGAAAAAUUACGCAUUUGGUGUUCCCAGGGUAUAGGGGUGUAGUUAAUUACCUGCAAAUCCCACACCAUCACUGAGAUUUACUGAUGCUAAAAAAUGUUUUCAUAAAUAUAAAUUGUCCAUCUGCUCAAAAUGUACAGCCCAGUGUCUCUGCAAGACACGAUUUAGUUGUCGCAAAAUCCCAGGGUGAAUGGUCAAGUCUUUUAUCUCGCAGUGGGCUGUUCUCUUCCGCAUGGCAUCAGUUUGUGGGCGCCUCUCGAGCUGCCUACAAUACUGCUAUUGAGUAGCUGCCUAUGAAACCAUAAAACGGGCGAUGCAAAUAAGGCGGACAGGACUGCAUUAUCUGCCCUUGACAGGCGCGUCUCGUCAUCCUGCCUCGUGCGUACAGGACUUUCUUUCUUUUUUUUUUUACUGGUGAUAUGGUGGAAAUGUGCAGCGCACCCCGUGCGGCGAAGAUCACCAGAGCCUCCGAGAAACUCCCUCGCUGACACUUUCACUCGUCACUCUUCUUAACAAGUCGCCGCUACUGCCGGCCCUCGCGCGAAGUCAGCGCGCCGCAGAGGACCUUAACCACUGUUCGAUACUGGGUUUGGUUAGCAUCUGCACCGGUGGUUAGGAGACAGGUGGUUCAUUUUUCUUCUGUUGCAUUUCGGUGUUCAGCGCGGGAUACAUUUUUUUGGCCGACGUACCCAAGACACUCCGUGGAGCAUGGGUGCGAUAACGACGAUGCCAGUCUUAUUUUUUGUCUGCGCUUCUCUCCUCUUCUGUCUCUGUGACUCGGCAGAGAUGCAAGUAAUUGACAUGCUGGCGCUCAGCGAUGCUAAGCAGAGCGUGUCGGUGGUGGAGAAGGUGUCGGGGGCCAUGAACACGCUCAGCGAUAUCUACAUCGUCUCCACGUUUCGCCUCCCGCCCAAACUGGGCGGCGUCCUGCUCGGCUUUUACGACAAGCAGGACAACAAGAAGUACCUGGAGCUCGCCAUCAUGGGCAAGAUCAACAAAGCUCUGGUGCGGUACGUACGGAGUGACGGGAAGCUCCACACAGUUAGCCUGCAGAAUGUGAACCUGGUUGAGGGCCAAUCCCAUUCGCUCAUCCUCCGGGUGGGCGGGCUUCGCCGGGACAACCUCCACCUGGAGCUCUACUUCAACUGCCGAUUGGCCGACUCCAGCCAGGGCCUCCCCUCAUUGGUCCAGCUCCCAUCGGACCCGGAGUCUGUUGACAUUCGCAACGGCUACAAAGCCUACGCCAGGCUGCAGGGCUCAGUGGAAAGUCUGAAGAUGGCUCUUGGCGGCUCAGUGGCUCAAGCAGGAGUUCUGUCUGACUGCCCGUUCCAGGGAGACUCCUUACAGCACAACACACUGAAUGGUGAUGUGAACUCCAUUCUGGGUGAUCACACGAAGGCCCUGAUUGGCCAGCUGAUCAUCUUCAACCAGAUCCUGGGGGAACUGAGGCAGGACAUCAGAGAACAGGUGAAAGAGAUGUCUCUGAUCAGAAACACCAUACUGGAGUGCCAAGUGUGUGGGUUCCACGAGCCGCGGUCGCGCUGCACGCCCAGCCCCUGCUACAAGGGGGUGCACUGCAUGGAGACCUUCGACUACCCGGGGUACCGCUGCGGGCCGUGCCCCGAGGGCACCCACGGGAACGGGACCCACUGCCGGGACAUCGAUGAGUGCUCUCUAGCCAUGCCCUGCUUCACCCCAUCUGCAUGUGUGAACGUGGCAAAGGGCUUCUCCUGUGAGCCGUGCCCCCCAGGGCUCACGGGCCCCCCCCUCAGCGGGAUAGGAGUGGAGUAUGCCAAGAGUCACAAACAGGAGUGUAUGGACGUGGACGAGUGCAUUGAGGGCGCGUGCGUGCCCAACUCUGUGUGCAUCAACACUGUGGGCUCGUACAGGUGCGGCCAGUGUAAGGUGGGUUUCUACGGCAACCAGACGGUCGGCUGUUUCCCGUGGCGAUCCUGCGACUCGCUGGGCUUCAACCCCUGCGACAUCAACGCCCACUGCGUCAUCGAGCGGAACGGGGACCUGACCUGCAGGUGUAAUGUGGGCUGGGCAGGUAACGGGAACACCUGUGGUCCAGACACAGAUAUUGACGGGUACCCCGACGAGUCUCUCCCCUGCAUCGACAACGACAAACACUGCAAACCGGACAACUGCAUGAACACGCCCAACUCGGGGCAGGAGGACGCCGAUAACGACGGGAUCGGGGACCAGUGCGACGAGGACGCUGACGGAGACGGGAUCAAGAAUGUGGAGGACAACUGCCGGCUCAUUCCCAACAAGGACCAGCAGAACUCGGACACGGACUCCUUCGGGGACUCCUGCGACAACUGCCCCAACGUGCCCAACAUCGACCAGAAGGACACGGACGGGAAUGGCGAGGGGGACGCUUGCGAUAACGACAUCGACGGAGACGGAAUUCCGAACGUUCUGGACAACUGCCCCAGAGUCCCCAACCCCAUGCAGACUGACCGGGACGGGGACGGGGUGGGGGACGCCUGUGACAGCUGCCCCGAAAUCAGCAACCCAAUGCAGGUGAGAAAGGGAGAGAGAGAGAGAGAGAGAGAGAGUGAGAGCGGGGACGGCGACGGUCACCAGGACACCCGCGACAACUGCCCGGACGUGCCCAACAGCUCCCAGUUGGACUCCGACAACGACGGCAUCGGCGACGAGUGCGACGAGGACGACGACAACGACGGGAUUCCGGACUUCGUCGGGCCCGGGCCGGACAACUGCCGGCUCAUCAUCAACCCCAACCAGAAGGACUCCAACGGAAACGGCGUGGGCGACGUGUGCGAGGAAGACUUCGACAACGACACGGUAAUGGACGUGUUCGACGUCUGUCCAGAGAGCGCUGAGGUCACGCUGACUGACUUCCGGGCCUACCAGACCAUCGUCCUGGACCCGGAGGGCGACGCCCAAAUCGACCCCAACUGGGUGGUGCUCAACCAGGGCAUGGAGAUUGUCCAGACCAUGAACAGCGACCCUGGCUUGGCUGUGGGCUACACGGCCUUUAACGGGGUGGACUUCGAGGGCACGUUCCACAUCAACACGGUGACCGACGACGACUACGUGGGCUUCAUCUUCGGCUACCAGGACUCGUCCAGCUUCUACGUGGUGAUGUGGAAGCAGACGGAGCAGGCCUACUGGCAGUCCAUCCCCUUCCGGGCCGUCGCCCAGCCCGGCCUGCAGCUGAAGGCGGUGAAGUCGCGGACGGGUCCCGGCGAGUUCCUGCGGAACGCCCUGUGGAACACCGGCGACACCCCGGGCGAGGUGAAGCUGCUCUGGAAGGACCCCCGAAACGUGGGCUGGAGGGACAAGACCUCCUACCGCUGGCAGCUCAUCCACAGGCCCCAGGUGGGCUACAUCAGGGUGAAGCUGUUCGAGGGGCCGGCAUUGGUCGCCGACUCGGGGGUGCUGAUGGACACCACCAUGCGGGGCGGGAGGCUGGGCGUGUUCUGCUUCUCCCAGGAGGCCAUCAUCUGGUCCAACCUGCGCUACCGAUGCAACGACACUGUUCCGGAAGACUUUGACCGCAGAAAGGCCAUGAUGGACUUAAAGGUGUAAUGAGAGAGGCGGGGGGAGAGCUGGCUGUUUGCGUCUCUGUCAAAGCGUGUGUGUGUGUGUGUGUCUAUGUGCAUGUCUGUGUGUAGGCGUGUGUGUGUGUGUGUAUGUGUGUGUGUGUGCGUGCGUGGAAAUUGGGGCUGACAUCAACUGCCAAAUUUUUUGUCACCAGAUUUAGACUUUUUAUGGUGUACCAGCAAUGCAUACACACAAGCUGUUAAGAUUUUUGUCUUUAAUUUUGUAAUUUGUUUCAAAUUGUAUGCGUUUGUCAUACCAGAAAGCCACCAAGUUCUGAGAACAGGCAGAAUUAAAGUUAAAUUUCCCUCUGAAAAGCCUCCAGCCAAAUUUCAAGUAAAAACAAUUAUUGCAGGGCAAUCUAGUGACUGUGUGUCGUCCGUAGGUCUUUUGCAUCAUUGUGGGGUCUGGUGAGUGUGUGUGUGCCUGUUGUGUGUGUGUGUGUUGUCGGUGUGUGGGGAGAGGGAGGGCAGGGCAGGGAGAGGAAUCGCCCUUUUUAUGCCAUCUCUGUCCCCUUUCCGUGGAACGGAGGAGACGGAGGAAGAAGCCAAAGAGAAGACUAUAAGCUUUUUUUCCAAAAUGGCCGACAAGAGGCUGCAUAGUGCAGUCUCUGUCCCCAUAUCACUCUGUGGGAAUGAUGUGUGUGUGUGUGUGUGCGCGUGUGCGCGUGUGUGUGUGUGCGUGCGUGUGUGAAUGUGUGUGUACAUGUGUGUGUGUCUGUCUGUCUUGAAGUUACUGGCAUGGUCAUACAUUCAAGGGAUACUGUCUGUUCACUCCUAAAGGUGCUAACCUUUCUGUCGGGUUAUCUUUGUCACCUCAGACCUUCAAAAGUGAAAGAAACAAAUAUAAUUAGUAAGCGAGUUAUGCUAAAACAAGUAACCUGACUGAAGGCACGCUGUGUAGUCAAAAUUGGAGUCCACUUUAGAUGCAUUCGUCCAAAGCUUCUGGUACCGGUUCUGUCUUGGUACCUAACGUCUGGAUUCUGGGCGUCAGAACUGUGGAGCUCUGUGAACGGUGUACUUUUAAGAUCGAUACGGCGAAGGCCAAGAUGUGCGCUCCGAUACACAUAUGUUGUAAAAACACAGUGUCAGAUAAAUAUUACAACCCAAUUUGUCCCUGGGUCUGUGUGCUUUUGUUUUAUAUAUGAACUUGGGUGUACAUGCAUUCUUGAGUAUACACUACAGGCUUGUGAGUCAUCGGCCGCUAAUUAAGUAUGAAAUAAAGAACUGAUAACCACGGUG